AUUUCUAAGACUGUCCUUCCAGAAUAAAUACCAUCUUCUCUUUAACUCUACCUCUCUUUGAUUCCAAAUCACUUAAUAUGGGUAUCAUGCUUCUCAAGAAGUUUGCUUUCCUCUUCCUCCUUGUCUCGGCAUCACUUCUUUCAGUUGCAUUUGCAGGUCGACAGUUAAUGGGUAAACCUAUUGCCGAAGUGAAUGCAAGUAAUAAGGAAGCAGCAGCUGACGUUCAUGAGAGGAUUCUUCGAGUUAACACCAGAGACUAUGGCAUAUAUGAUCCUGCACCAUCCCUUGUUAAGCCUCCCUUUAAAUCCAUACCCAACUGACUUUCAUAUUAUAACGAAAUAAUAAUUAAGCUUAUAAAUAUGUUAUAUAUAUAUAUAUA